UUCAGCGCGAUGCCCAAAUCCAAGCGUGACAAGAAAGUCUCCUUAACCAAAACUGCCAAUAAAGGCUUGGAAUUGAAACAAAACCUGAUGGAAGAGCUUCGGAAAUGUGUGGACACCUACAAGUACCUUUUCGUCUUCUCUGUGGCCAACAUGAGGAACAGCAAGCUGAAGGACAUCCAGAACGCCUGGAAGCACAGCCGGAUGUUCUUUGGCAAAAACAAGGCGAUGAUGGUGGCCUUGGGUCGGAGCCCAUCUGAUGAGUACAAAGACAACCUGCACCAGGUCAGCAAAAGGUUGAGGGGUGAGAUGGGUUUCCUGUUCAUCAACCGCACAAAGGAGGAGGUGAAUGAGUGGUUCACGAAAUACACAGAAAUGGACAACACCCGAGCUGGUAACAAAGCAGCUUUCACUGUAAGCCUGGACCCAGGGCCUCUGGAGCAGUUCCCCCACUCCAUGCAGUCACAGCUCAGGCAACUGGGCCUGCCCACCACCCUCAAGAGAGGUGUGGUGACUCUGCUAUCUGACUACGAGGUAUGCAAGGAGGGCGACGUGCUGACCCCAGAGCAGGCUCGCGUCCUGAAGCUUUUUGGGUACGAGAUGGCUGAAUUCAAGAUGGCUGACCAUCAAACACAUGUGGGAUUCGCAGUUGGGAAGGUUCCAGCACAUGGGAGACGACUUGCCAGAGAGCGCAUCCGAGUCCGCAGAAAAGUCAGACUCAGAAGACGAUGACUGAAAGGGACUCAGGACUGAAGGUCUCCUGAAACCUUCUGGGUCUCACUGGACCAUGCAGGACUGCUGCCGCCCGUCUGGAGAGAGCAGCUUUUUAUUUGUAGACAAGGAAAGUGAUGGGCACUGACUUCCUCUAAAGAAUAAAACUC